GAGUCGAUCGUGUUAAUUAGAAGAUAUUAGAGAGAGGCAGGCCCAGGGACAGGAUGGGUAUAUUUUAGUGGUUAGUGGUGACUGUGAGUAAGCUAGCACCUCAUAAAAUUAAAGGGCUUUUGAGACUUGAGAAUGUUGAAGAUAAAAGAGUGGUGCGCGUUAUCCGGCCAGAGAGUGAGAGAAAGAGAAUGAAUAUAGCUCUUUUCUCGGUUCCAUCUUCUCUCCCUCUUCCUAUUCAGCCUCAUGCCCGAUUGAACAAGCAUAAUACCUCAUGUCAAACAAUCUCUUACCAUCUUUCUUCUAAGUCAUUUGUUGCUCUGUGCUCGCCUUCACCGAGUUCUUCUUCUUGUUCUUCUUCAGUGGUUGGGGUUCCUGAUGAAUCUGGAUACGGCACCACACAGAGCGGGGGUUGUAAGGCAUGUGGAAGAGAAGAGAUACAGAAAGGGUGCAACGGUGAAGGAAGGAUGCAGGGUGGGAUUGCCACUGUUCCUGGAUUUGGUUGGUGGCCCAUUAAAGCUUAUAGACCAUGCCCGGGUUUCGUGGCCUCCGGUGGUCGCUAUCGCCGAUACGGACAAAGCAUGGACGAGGUUGCCUUCGGCCGUGGCCCUACCCCCUCUUCCUCUCCCACCGACUCCAACCCGAUAAGCAACAAGAAGCAAGACCCCAAGAAAUCAAAGAGAUAAUAGCCUUCACACUCACUGCAUUGCUCAAUGUGGUUCUGCUUCGGUUGUUUUGCUCUACACUCGUACACUCAUUCACUAUUCCGCAAAUAUAAAUACUCUUACUCUCAUUACAUUAAAUUAUGCCGAUGUAAUGCAACCAUGUAAUACUUCUUUCGGUUUCUAUUAGAGCAAACAUAACUUCAAAAAUCUUAGUAUUAAGCAACGGUUUAUAUGUUUAA